GUCUGUCAGUUCUGCUGUCCUGUCAUGUCAUGUCGUCUGAUGUCAUCAGCUUAGUACAUUUUCUUGAUUAUUUAUUCAAAAUAUAAUAUGUUUAACGUUAAUUUUAGCAGUUAGGCCACAACUUUAUGUACACAAUAAGCAAAAUGUAUAAAUAACAUAAAAUAUUAGGAGUUCUACUCGAUUUUCUAAAAUAUUCAUGUGACAUAUUACCUUCAAGGUUGGACGUUUGGUAUCAAACUAUCAUGUUGCCUUCGGUGGCCGCUAAGUGUUUCUAUAGAAAUCUAAGUAGACAUUCUAUUGAAAUAAAAUACUUAUAUUCAUUAUGCUCUGGGGCUCCCAGAGUAUGGCGACAAGGCAUAUUCCACGAUGGCAAGGACCGCUGGAGAUGUGUGCAUACUUCAUCAUACCUGUUGGAUAAACCAAAAUCCAAAAAUGCGCUUCAAUCUGAAAAGUCACCAGCAGCUACCGAAAAGGCCAAUCAAGUAAUAAAACAAAGUGUCACUGGAGACAUCAUAGUCAAGACAGAAACUGAUGCAAACAAAAUUGUGACUAAAGUUACUAUUGAGAAGAGUAAGCCCCCAGAUAAGCCAGCAGAUGUAGCACAACCGAAACCAGUAAGAAAACGGCUACUUAUUGACUUCUCUGCGUCAUACACGGAGAGAAACUUCAUAACACCAAUGAGAGCUAUGACAGAAUAUUUGCUGAAGCAGAGUGACUUGGAGUCAUUGCCAAAAGUUCUAAGGAGGUCACCAUAUGAAUCGGAACCACCAAUAACAGUCUAUUAUCGCAAGGAUGUUGAAGCUAAAGCUUUUGAGGUAUGGGGUUCGAAAGAAGCUCUUGAAAAAGAGUUAUUGAGAAGAGAACUAGACAGAAGAAGAUAUGAACAAGAUGUGUUCACGGUGAAAAGGCGACUAAGAAAUUAUAGGAGAGAAAUGAGCCACAAACGUUUGAAACAUGGAAUAGAAGAGUUAGGAUUAAAGACUAGAUCUGGGAGGGUUGUACUGACAGCCGUGGGAAUAAACUGCUGUAACUUUCUGUUUAAGCUCUGUGCAUGGUUCUAUACUGGGUCUCACAGCUUAUUCUCUGAAUGUAUCCAUUCUCUUGCGGAUACUGUGAAUCAGCUGAUUCUGGCAUAUGGUAUACACAAAUCAGUCCAGAUGGCAGACCCUGCUCAUCCAUAUGGCUACACAAACAUGAGAUAUGUCUCAUCUCUCAUAUCCGGUGUUGGGAUAUUUUGUGUAGGAUGUGGCUUAUCUUUUUAUCAUGGAGUUUCUGGCAUAAUUGACCCCCAACCACUCCAUGAUUUUUACUGGGCUUAUUUCGUUCUUGGAGGCGCGGUUGUAUCAGAAGGGGCUACCUUAAUGGUAGCAUUAAAUGCCAUUCGAAAGGGCGCUAGGGAAGCGAACACGUCAUUAUAUGAAUACAUAAUGCGUAGCUCGGAUCCAUCGGUAAACGUGGUACUGUUGGAAGACACUGCCGCCGUGGCUGGCGUGGUUCUCGCCGCUGGGUGCAUGGCAUUGUCCCAGUACACCGGUAACCCCCUCUAUGACGCUGUUGGUUGUAUUUUAGUAGGGACCUUACUGGGCGGAGUUGCAUCUUUUAUUAUUCUAACAAAUGUAGGGGCUCUGGUGGGCAGAUCAAUACCCCAAGAGCAGUUGGACCAAAUAAACAGUGUUUUGGAAAGAGAUUUUAUGAUAAGAGCUAUUCAUGACGUCAAGGGCAUAGAUAUAGGCAGUAAUCUAAUAAGAUAUAAGGCUGAAGUUGAUUUCGAUGGCAGAGCUCUUACGAGGUCCUACUUGGGGAAACACGACUUGAAUACAUUAAUAGAGGACAUGAAAAAAGUAGUAACCAUUGAUGAUGUUGAAGCUUUCUUACUGAAACAUGGUGAAAAUAUUGUGGACAUGCUAGGCGGAGAGAUCGACAGAAUAGAAUUAAAACUACGGAAAAAGUUUCCACAAAUUCGGCACUGUGAUUUAGAAAUACUUUGAAAUGUUACUUUGAUGAACUGCUUGCAUAUAGUAUGAUAGCUGCAAACUAGUCAAAUGGUUAUAAAUAGUCUCCGCUAAAGAUGGCGACAAUUUGAGAAGGACUCCAAUCUGCAGUGCAAAUACUACUCAAGACACAUUAUCACACAAUGUCUCGUUGCUCCGAUUGUGACACUAUCAAAAAAUGUUUUGAAAAAAUCAAUAAAUGCCCAGUAAACUUAU